UAUUACAUAAGCAAUUAACGUAUAAUUUAGCUUCAUCCGUUGAUUUUCUACAUAAGAAUCUUCGUCAAGGGUUAACCCCAUAGGCAGCAAGAAAUAGCUUAUUCCGUCAAAUUUCUUCUUCCUCCGAAGCAUUUCACUAGCGGAGCAAUCGGAGGCAGCUUAAAAUUCGAAAAUUUCAUCCAUUUCCUCCGGCCGCCAUGCCGUACGAACCAAGAAGCCGAUUAGACGCGCCGUAAUAAAGGAGAAUCGAACGCUUUAUUAGGUACAUCGCGGAGAAGUAACAGAAUUCCGGCGGAAAAGUGAACGGGACGCGAUCAGAUCGGAAGCAACUUUUAAAGAUACGAAAUAAGGAGCAGGCAAUUCAAAGGGGCGGCCGCCGCGCUCGCGGUAAAAGGAAGCGGAGCAUUAUUGGCCGUAUCCGAGAUAAUGCGACCCUUUAAAUUCUUUCGCGACUGAAAUUGCAGCUUCCCGGCUCGCCGCUAAAUUCGAGUACGUUUCUUAUUGAUUUAUUAGGGAAAUGAAAGGUAACUUUAGCCACUCUACGCGCAAUGGCGUCUGCGAGUGCGCCAUUUUGUCGGCCUCUCCGAGACGUGAAAUGGAUGUUCGAAAGUGCUUUGAAUUUAUUGCUUUAUGUUACUUAAUUAUUGUCCGUUUGGAUGUUAUUUGGAUGGUCCGUGUUUUGAAUUUAUUGCUUUAUGUUAAUUAUUGUCCAUUGACAUACAUUGCAAUGCAAAUUUUAAAGGAAAUGUUCCGUUUGGUUAAUUAAACUUUUUCGAAUAUGAGAAAUCAGUGAAUGCAAAUUAGUUUGAGGUGUUACUGUUAACAGGUUUAUCUUGCUGAAUGACAGCGUUAUUCGACGUCAUGUUCCGAAUACUAAAUACUAUGUAAAUCAUUCACAGCAAGAAAUCAGGCCUAAGUAUUAAUAUAUGCACUUAGAUAGUGACAAAUGCACAAUAGAACCUCAGGCUGCUUAUUUAAAUCUCUGCGUAAAGUGGUUUUUAAUGAUUUUUUAUCAAUAGUUCUCGGUCCGAUGGUCAGGUUUAAUCGAAUCAGUAUAAAUGGUACUCAGCGAAGAAUUCGUCGUGAUUUCCGGAAGAAUCUUCCGAGUGUAAACAAGAUCCGAGUUAUAAGUCCAUAAUAUUUCGUUCGAAGAUGCAAGGGAAUUUAGUACAGACUGUUUUCAGUUUUAUCGCGAUACUCGCUGGUUUUUUCGGCUUGCUGAUUAACUUUGUGGAACCCUAUUUACCUGGUUUGAUAAGACGUGUAUAUUGUUAUGGCAAGUUUCCUCGUAAUACUUACCAGCCACCUAGAAUCAAAGUAGAAAUACCUAAAAGAUGGUACAAACAUUGCUAUGUUUUCGCUGCGCCAACUGUGAGUUACAUAUUGUAUUUGGUAAUUGGUAAAUAUAUGUGGGAUGGUAACGUACCGAAAAGUGUUACGUGGGUACUGAAUGUGGGUUUAGGGACAAACAGGCAAUCAUUAGUGUCUCCAGAAAAUACAUUAAUAGCUAUCUCGGCUUUAACUUUUCAUUGUUGGAAGCGAUUUUAUGAAACACACUAUGUAAAUGUUUUUAGUGAUAGCAAGAUGAAUAUAUUUCAUUACAUGAUUAUAUAUCCUCAUUAUGUGGGAUGUUUGACAUGCAUUAUAGGAGAAUCUGAAGGAUUUGUUGAAGGCUCUGAAGGCCAUCUUUCCUGGAGAAGAGUUACUUAUUCUAAACUAAUUUGUGCACUGGUUAUUGUGUUAGCAUCGUAUACUCAACUUAGAACAAAUUAUAUUCUUAGUAAUUUGCGGAAAGAUAAAAAUGGUAAAGUCACUUCUACGGAGCAUAAAAUACCAUAUGGUGGUCUUUUCGAGUAUAUAUCAGGUGCAUUGCAGAUUUCAGAGAUAACUGUUUAUGUGUGCUUGUCAAUAAUUUUAUGGCGAAGCUCUUCUUUUCAUUAUAUCACGACAUGGGUCUUAAUAAAUCAGACAUGUACCUCGAUAUUAACGCAUAGGUGGUACUUGAAAACGUUUAAAAAUUAUCCAAAAUCAAGGAAAAUUCUAAUACCUUACCUCUUCUGA